GCGAGAGGAGGCACCGCCCCGCCCCGCGCGGCCACGUGAUGCGGGCGAGGGGAUUGGAGCUGCGGCAGCGCGCGGCGACAGAGAGGAGCAGCGCUGGGCGCUCGUGGCGGGUCCUCCUCCUCCUCCUCCUCCUCCGCCCUCCGGCUUCUUGUCUCGGCUGCUCGCCGCUGCUCGCCGCCCGCAUCCCCAUCCGCGGCGCGCCGGGAGGAGGAGGAGACGCCGCCUGCCAGCAGGGUCCUCGCCGCAGCCGCCCGCCGUCCCCCGGGGCCUCUCCUCUCGCCCGCUGCUCGCACCUCUCCGCGCCACGAUGGGGCUGCUGGACUCGGAGCCCGGCAGCGUCCUGAACGCGGUGUCCACGGCUCUCAACGACACCGUGGAGUUCUACCGCUGGACCUGGUCCAUCGCAGAUAAACGAGUAGAAGACUGGCCGCUGAUGCAGUCUCCAUGGCCAACGCUAAGCAUAAGCACGCUCUAUCUCCUGUUUGUGUGGCUGGGUCCAAAGUGGAUGAAAGACCGGGAGCCAUUUCAAAUGCGCUCAGUGCUCAUCAUCUAUAAUUUUGGCAUGGUUUUGCUUAACCUUUUCAUCUUCAGAGAGCUAUUCAUGGGAUCAUACAACGCAGGAUACAGCUAUAUUUGCCAGACAGUGGAUUAUUCCAAUAACGUUAAUGAAGUCAGGAUAGCUGCUGCUCUGUGGUGGUACUUUGUAUCGAAAGGAGUUGAGUAUUUGGACACAGUGUUUUUUAUCCUGAGAAAGAAGAACAACCAGGUUUCUUUCCUUCACGUGUACCACCACUGUACCAUGUUCACGCUGUGGUGGAUUGGCAUCAAGUGGGUGGCAGGGGGCCAAGCGUUUUUUGGGGCCCAGAUGAAUUCUUUCAUCCACGUGAUCAUGUACUCUUAUUAUGGGCUGACUGCAUUCGGCCCCUGGAUCCAGAAAUACCUUUGGUGGAAGAGAUACCUGACCAUGCUACAGCUGGUUCAGUUCCAUGUGACCAUUGGGCACACAGCGCUGUCUCUCUACACCGACUGCCCCUUCCCCAAGUGGAUGCACUGGUGUCUUAUCGCCUACGCGAUCAGCUUCAUAUUCCUCUUCCUCAACUUCUACACCCGGACGUACAACGAGCCCAAGCAGUCAGAGACUGGAAAGACGGCCAUGAACGGCAUUUCAGCAAACGGUGUGAACAAGUCAGAAAAGCAGCUGCUGUUAGAAAACGGGAAACCCCAGAAAAACGGAAAGCCAAAAGGAGAGUAACUGGAACUGGGCCUUAACUGGUUGACAGUGAGGAAACACCUGAGUCAUAUAAAAUUUCAGGGGCAACAGAAGCAGAGGGUCUGGGGUGGGGAGAAAGACAGAUGUGGCAUGUCUGUACCUUCUGACUGAGGAAACCUUUCAAUAUAUGGUACCCAGAUGUUUUAUUUAUGAAGUUUUUAUUUUAAACAUUUUUUUUAUUAGCCUUGAUGUUGUCCAGACCAAAGCAAUCCCAAUGUGACCUUGGAGCCCCUCUCCCUGCUCACGUCCUCCUGAAAUGUCACCUAUCACACGCUCUCCUUUUUCAGUCUGAAUUUUAGAUGAUCACAGAAACACAGUCUUAUGAAAAGAAAAACACUUUUUUUUUUUUUUUUCCAGAAAUCACUAGUUUCCUACUGGUUACGAAUCAGUUACCUGACGUUUUCUCGUCCAGAGACAGAACCAUGUAUAUAUUUGAAUUUGGACUCAUUUGUUGAUCCUUGUGGUCUAAUAUCUCCACCUCUAGUCAGAAUAUUCCCUUUCGGCUGUAAUUAAAUUUGAAAGCUCCGCUAAAUCUCUGUAGAAUCUUAGAGGCUUGAUGAUGAUGGUGUUGGUAAAAAUAAGAAAGGAUAACAGUAAAAUCGUGACCUGAAGGCCACCAUGACUUAUGGCACAAAUCACUGUGGGAAACAUUUUUUUUUUUUUAUUUCGUGAUGAGGAAGGUAGUCUUUGAAUACUCCUAUUAUUAGCAGAAAUGUAUUAUGAGAAUUAAGAUUAUUGUAUGAUUGAAACAUGAAACAGCUCAUGUCUCUGUUAGUAACAUCUAAGGUAGUCACGUUUACAUGCAGUUAGAACUCUUAGGGCACGUUGUUUUCAUCAGGCUUCCCCUGUUUUGAUUUGUGGCUGUUGCUGAUUUUUCGUAUGUGGACAUACACCUACCUCUUCUGUUGGAAAGAACAUUUAAAAUGAAAUAAAUUUUACUUAAAAAAAAAUCAAGGAGUCCUUUAAUGUAAAUUUUAACUUUCAAAUUUACUUUCUUUAUCUUACUUUAUUUACAAAUAGCACCCACUAAGCAUUUCUGUGAUGUCACCCACCUCUUUCGAUGUGUCUUAUUCUGACUGAUGCUUGCUUCCCUUGUGAUGACGUUGCAAAAAAUCGUACUAAGUAGAAAUGAAGUGUAAAUGCAUUUUGGUGCAAUACCUUGACUCCUUGGUGCUAAUGACGGCUAAAUUCAGUGCUUGCUGUUACAAUGUGUUAUUUAUAAAUGCAAGAUGGGAAAAUUGAGACCAAGUUGUAUCUCUCAAGUAAAAUUUGGUGUUUACAAAAGACGUAUUUCAUGUAAUAGAAUCAGACGACGGGAAAACUGAAGAAGAGACCUUGUUCCACAUUUUUUUCACCCAGAUUGAUUUGUUAUGGGAUGUCACAGAGGGAUCAUAUGGAAAGAGCAAAUGUGACAAAAAUAGCAUGAAUGUUUCUAAACCUUCCAACCUCUCAAAACUGCAUGUAUAGGAUGUCUGCUGUUUGUACAGACUUUUGCAAUAUUUUGUAAAUUAUAUUUAUUGUGCAUUGAGAUUACGUUUUCCCCAAAGGCAUGCAGUCGAGAACAUUACAGAAAGUUAGCAGCACAUACAGUAGUAUGGUCCAAGAGGAUCAACACUUUGUUUUUUUUUGCCAGUGUGUAAUGACUAGAGAUGUGUAAAUCUUUGUGAGCAUUCUGUACUGGCUUCCCGGACCCUUUCAUUCCCUGCUAUGAGAUUUCAGCACAAUAAAUAUACUAUGCUGU